AUGGAGCGCCCCGCCGCCCGCGCCUCCGCCGCAGGAGCGAGCCGCAAGAGGAGGCGCGUCUCCGUGGGCAGCACCGAGCACUACGAGGAGCUGUCCCGCCUCGGCGAGGGCAGCUUCGGCGCGGUCGUCAAGGCGCGCCACCGCGUCACGGGCCAGGCCGUCGCCAUCAAGCGCCUCACCCUGGCCGACGCCGACGGCGGCCUCGCGGAGGACCCGAUGCGCGAGGCGAGCUUCCACGAGGCAUGCGGCGACAGCCCGUACAUCGUCGGCUUCCACGGCGUCGUCCGCGACCCGGCCACGUCGCGCCUCUGCCUCGUCAUGGAGUGCGCCGGCGGACCGAGCCUCCACGACUACCUCCACCAGCGCCGCCGCGACCCGAAGCUCCCGGAGGGCACGGUGCGCACCGUCAUGUGGCAGCUGCUGACGGCCGCCAAGAAGAUGCACGGCAGCCGCAUCAUCCACCGCGAUAUUAAGCCCCAGAAUAUCCUCGUCGCCGGCGAUCACAGCGCCGUCAAGAUCUGCGACUUCGGGCUCGCCAUGUCCAUGUCCGACGCGCCGCCGUACGAGCAGGCGGGCACGCUCUUCUACAAGGCGCCCGAGAUGCUGCUGGACAUGCCCGUCUACGGCGCGGCGGUCGACGCCUGGUCCCUGGGAUGCGUCAUGGCGGAGAUCAUCAGCGGGAGGCCGCUGUUCCAGGGCUGCUACGAGGACGGGCAGCUCUGCGCCAUCUUCGACGUGCUCGGUGUGCCAGACGACAAGACAUGGCCGGUGUUCUCCUCCACGGCUUUCGCCACCACCUUGCUGCCGGAACUGGACGUGCAUCAGAACAACUAUCUGCGCGAGCUGUUCCCUGAGGCGACGCUGUCCAAGGAAGGAUUCGAGGUCCUCAACGGCCUCCUCACGUGCAACCCCGACGAGCGGCUCACGGCGGACGCCGCGCUCGAGCACAUGUGGUUUGCCAAGGUGGACCCACUGGAGCUUCCAAGGAAAGAUGAGGUGGCAUCGGCAUUGCUCGGGAAGAAGAAGCUGCUGAUGGUUCCUGCGGCUUGUGCGAAGAGACGAAAGCUGCAGUGUGUGUAA